AGAUGACUGUCUUAAAUCUACCCAGUCUGUUGAGCAGGCCAUCUCACUUUAUCAGCAGCUUACUGAGGUGUGUGCCAAGGGGGGAUUUAAGCUCAAUAAGUGGGUAUGUAGUGAUCGCUCUGUCCUCUGUCAGAUCCCAGAGGAAAAUAGAGCCACAGGUGUAAAGAUGCUGGACCUUAGUCGGGACCAGCUACCCACAGAAAGAGCUCUCGGUGUGCAAUGGGAUAUUGAACAUGAUGUUUUCACAUUCAGUAUUGUGAACAAGGACAAACAACUUACAAGACGUGGUAUUCUGUCCAAUGUCAGCUCCAUUUACGACCCUUUGGGUUUCUUAGCUCCAGUCAUUCUGCCUGCAAAACAAAUUCUGCAACAUCUAUGUAAACUGCGGUUUGGCUGGGUUGAGACAAUACCAGCAGAAAUGGCACAAACUUGGCAAAAAUGGGUUGAAGAUUUAGUUCUUCUUAACAAGUUUAGUAUUAGAAGAUGUGUCACACCCAAAGGAUUUGGGGAGAUAAAAAGUGCACAGCUGCAUCACUUUUGUGAUGCCAGUGAGACUGGGUAUGGUGCUGUAUCAUAUCUUAGGCUAUCUAAUAGCAAGCAGGAAGUGUGUGUUUCCUUUAUUAUUGGUAAAGCAAGGGUGGCGCCGUUAAAACAAGUCACCAUCCCACGUCUUGAGCUGGCUGCUGCAGUUUUAGCUGUGCGCUUGGACAAAAUGCUAUCAGUUGAACUUAAGCUUAAUCUGAGUGAAUCAGUCUUUUGGUCUGACAGCACAACUGUGCUACAGUACAUUGCAAACACAACCACACGGUUCAAAACAUAUGUAGCUAACAGAGUUUCCAUCAUUCAUGCUUUGACAAAAGUUGAGCAGUGGAGGUACAUUAGUUCAAAGCUGAAUCCAGCUGAUGCAGCCUCUCGAGGAAUGACAGUUGGCUGUUUCCUGAAAUCUUCCACCUGGAUCAGUGGUCCAGAAUUUCUCAGUAAACCUGUUGUUCACUGGCCUGUAGGCAAGAAUUAUGUAUCUGUCCAUUUGGAAGCUGACCCAGAAAUAAAAGGGGAGGGCCUGAUGUGUGCAGCUGUGCUGAAAGAAGACGUGUGUCCCACUACUAAGCUGCUGAUGUACUUCUCCGGCUGGACAAAAUUAAAAAGGUGUGUGGCAUGGAUCCUGAAAGUAAAAGAAAGACUUAAACUGCAAACAAAGAAAAGACAGAAGUUGCUGGACACGCACUGUGGAAGUCAAAUAUGUGUUAAACAAGAUGAUAAAUGGAACACUGUGCUCAAAACUGAGGAUUUGUCCAAGGCUGAGGAAGCUAUAGUGAGCUUUGUGCAGAGAAAACAUUAUGCUGAUGAAAUGACUGCCCUAAACUCUGGCACUGUAAGGAAGUCAAGUCAUCUGUAUAAGCUUGAUCCUGUAGUUACUAAUGGUGUCUUGAGAGUGGGUGGAAGACUGAGCAAAGCAGAUUUACCUGAGGAAACAAAACAUCCUGCAAUUUUGCCAAAAGAAAGCAAUGUUUCAAAGCUUAUUCUUCAGCAUAUUCACGAAAAGAGAUUCAUCUGCCGCAGAGGACAAGUCAAGGAAAUCCUGUCAGACAAUGGAACCAACUUUGUUAGCUCAAAUCAUAAUUUCUUGAUGAGAGCCAUAAAGAAAUCCUUCAGUAGUAAAAACGGCCACCUGGACCUGUUUGUUCGCUUCCUUCAUGGCCUCUGUCUGGAGUCCAACUACAGACUAUUUGGAGGUCUGCUGGGUGAGACAGAGAUCAGUCCGGGAACCAUCCAGAAAGUCAUCGACAACCUGAAGAAGAUGAACAGUGAUGAAAUCUCUUCUGACAGAAGCAUCAACAUCUUCCACUUCAGUGAAGAUGAAGUCAGUGCUGAUGAGGCUGUAGAGUGUGUGAGGGAUGUGAAUGAGGCUGUUGAAGAUCUGAUGAUAGCAGAUAAAAACAGGCUGCAGAGACUUUGA